ACACCGGCACGCACAAAGGCCUACAGUUUCCUCAGCAAAACGUUCGACAAGAUGCCGACGGCCGCUGUGUUGCUAGCAGAGGGUGCAGAAGAAAUGGAAACUGUUAUUUCAGUUGAUGUCUUGAGACGUGGAGGGAUAGAUGUAAAUCUAGUAGGAGUGGGUGGAAGUGACCCAGUGCUUUGUAGCAGAAAUGUGAAGAUUGUUCCUGACACUACCCUUGAAGAAGCCAAGAAAUCUGCACCUUAUGAUGUAGUGGUCAUGCCAGGAGGACUUAAUGGCGCUAAGAAUCUCGCAGCUUCACCUGAGGUCAAACAACUUUUAGAAACUCAGAUGAAGAAUGAAAAACUGAUAGCAGCAGUGUGUGCAGCUCCCAUUGCAUUGGUUAGCCAUGAAGUAAAGCCAGGAUCUUCAGUGACUUCACAUCCCUCAGUCAAAGGCAAAAUGGAGGAAGGUGGCUACAAGUACAUCGAGGAGCGAGUGGUGACUGACGACAAACUAAUCACCAGCAGAGGACCGGGAACCAGUUUUGAAUUCGCUCUGAAAAUUGUGGAAACUCUACAAGGCAAGGAGAAGGCGGACUCACUUGUGGAACCUAUGUUGUUGAAACUGUGACACUGACUGGGUUUCAGUUGCCAGUUUUGUUUGUUCUUUUGAUCCUUGUGUUCUUCUGAACAGCUUUCAGAUUAUUUAAAACUUGCUUGUUUUGUUUUGUUUGUUUUUUUUGUCCAUUGCAAGGAUUUCAGAUAUAGGCUUUUUAGUUUGUCUGGACAAAAUUUUCAGAGAACUGUAAUUGUCAUAUUCCUGUGUUAUAUAAAAAUAAACAAUCACACACACAUCCA